AUGGAAAGCCAAGCAUCCGUCAGCCGUGGGGUCGCUGAACAUCCCGCCAACGCCCCCCCCCCAGACCCAAGACCCAAACACACAGCACCGGACACGACAACCGACUUAAGCCCGGUGGCAAAGAAGAGUCGAGGAAAACUUGCUUGUUAUUUAUGCGCCGCAUUCUGCAAAGCAUUAGGGGGACUAGCACGGCAUAUUUGCCGCUUCCGCUGCCUUAAAUGCCUAAAUGCAGAAUGGAAGCUCCCACAGGGGCCAAAUAGAAGAUCAUGGGUUUACCUUUCCAAUGCGAACGCUGCGGGUUCAUAG